AUUACAACUAGAUUUGACGGAAAACGGGUCUGAAGCAGAUUGUGUAGCCAGAAUGCACCAAGCUCGCCACAGGAACAGCUCUGUGGUUCAAUCGCUAGAGUUGCGGCAUGCCAAAGUUCUUGGACCGCUGACAAUAAUUAAAUAAAGAUCCGUGCUAAGGCACACAUCCCCAGGAUGCCGCAGUGAGACAUAUAAGAAUAUUCUUGGCACGCUCUCAUGAAGGAGGGAGCGGAACUGGCGAUAGUGACUGGAGCUAACGCUGGCAUUGGGAAGGAAGUGACAGCUGGGCUGAUGGAGAGUGGCUGCCAUGUGAUCAUGGCCUGCAGGAGACUAGACCGCUGCGAGGAAGCCAGGGAGGAGCUGGGGCAGAGGCAGCUGCCAGGCAGCUGCGAGUGCAGCCGCUUGGACUUGGGCGACUUUGCCAGCGUCAGACAGUUUGCUGCAGCCACCCGGCAGCGCGUGCAGCAUGACAGGCAUCCCAUUGACAUCCUCAUCAACAAUGCAGGUGUCAUUGGGGUGCCACCAGUAAAGGGAGUGGACCAGCAGCUGCGGAUAAAUCACCUUGGGCCGUUCCUGCUGACUAGGCUGCUGACGCCAGCCCUGGCGCCCAAAGCCCGCAUAGUCAAUGUGGCCAGCAGGGCGCACAAGCAGGGCUCCCUGCAAAUAAAGAACGGCAAGAUCCAAGGGACGCCCUCCCACUGGUACUUGCAGUAUGCGCGCUCGAAGCUGUGUAACGUGCUGCACGUGCUAGAGUUGCAGCGGCGAUUCAUGGCGGAGGGAACGCGCGUCACGGCGCAUGCAGUCAGCCCUGGCCGAGUGUACACAAAUAUCUUUGACAACCUGCCGCCUCUGGCUCGCACACUGCUCAAGCCGCUGGCUUCUGUGCUCUUCCAGACCCCGAAACAGGGAGCAUCAACCGUGCUCUACGCAGCGAGAGCACCGGAGCUUGAAGGGAGGAGCGUGCUGUAUCUGCACAACAUGCGGGAGGCCAGGGCGUCUGAAUUGGCGCAGGAUCCAGAUCUGGCGCGCAGCUUGUGGGAUGCCAGCUCAGCAGCUGUGGGGUGGGGACCUGAAGAUGAGGGACCAUGAUUCUACCAGGGGAGUUAAAUAGCAGACUACUGUUACUGUACCAUUAGACGGAAAAUACUGUUCAGGACAGGAACGAAUUUUACCAGGUGGCUGCAACAUGUGGCUUUGGAGGUGGGCUGCAUGUGAGAUACGUCUUUCCUAAUCCUGCAGCUGCAGCGCAUGCAUGGUGCAAGCUAUCUAUCUGCCACGGCUGGCUAGCAACUGCAGCAGCUGCAGACAUGUCGGCAGAGUGCGCGUAAGGCAGGGUGACCGGAAGUGGCCUUGAAAACCUCAAAUGUCACAGGCUAGAGGAGGAGAUUGCCGGCUACAGUUGCAAGAAGAAAAGCAUGCACCGCCACUGUUCACAUUCCACAAAUGCUGCUGCUGCGCAUGCUUGUACUGUACAAGUCGUAGAAUGCAUGUCUUGUAUCCUAGAUCGGUGUGUUCACAUGUGCAGCCAGUUUGUACAACCUGUUCCUCUGACUGUCUGAAAAGUCUACCACCCUGCUUACAGACCACAUAUACGGUGUAUAUGGCACUAAGCCACGUGGACGACAGUCAGCCUCCGUAGUGAGACAAGUGCCCCAGUUGAGCAUGCAGCCGCACAUGCAGUGCGUACCGAAGUAAUUUGAGAGAUGGCAGUCUCUCUGGUUCAACGUUUUUGCAAGCUUCAGUCAGGAUUGUCAGGGAUGUGUAGCUGUACGCGUCUAAGAGCCUGCCAUGGUUUCCAGGGCUUCCUUACGCGCAUUGGAUUUGACCCACUGCACUCCCUGCAAUCAGUCAAAAUCCAGA